UCUUGAAAAAUCUUUCGGUAUCAAACUUUAAACUAAAUACCAAAUGUCGAAGUAAGAAAUUGAGAAUUAUCUAUUUCUUGCUCGAUAUCUUAUCACAAUCUCAGUCACAAGAUGGAUAGUGUCAUUGCAUUUUCUUCUUACAUGUAACAUAUAUAUAUUGCCAAAAUUGUAACAGUUAGUUUUUUUUUGUCGUCUGCUAGCUGCCAAAAUGUUGCUGUUAUUAUGUGCUGUUAUCUUCACGAUUGGAUGUUUCCAAUCUGAAGCUGCUGCUGUGAAAAGUGCUCCACAAUUUGCUGACAAUUUUUUUGUCAAAGGUCUUCUCAUUUUGCCUUAUGCUGAAAUCAAUGAGCCUUUCAAAGCCUUUUAUGACAAAAGGAAUGGUAGAAGCCGCAUUGAUUACUAUGGAGAGAUUGUUCAGACAUAUCAGUUAGCUGUAGAUGGUGAAUUUGGUUCCAGCUACAAAGUUGCUUACAUGCCAGAUGAGACUGGACUACCUACCCAAACAUGUUUUCAAGUGAACGGAACAAAAGAUAAUCCAGUUUCCAUUCAGAGUAUUCUUCCAGAUUUGACAAAUUUCAAUUAUGAAAGAGAUGCUCCUUGCUUUCAAGAAAAUCCAAUUGUUUGGGAUGACCCAAGACAAGGUCAGAUGUGUGAACUGUGGGUUCAGAAAAACACAGUUGAAGACAAAACCAACAAGUACAGUAUGUACUUGGACAAGAAAACUGGUGCUCCUGUGCAUUAUAUCAUGAAAGGAUACAAUACAUUACUUGGUUCCCACUAUGACAAGUAUGAACUGUACUAUGUGAAUUAUACUGUUAAUAAUGUAACAGAUGGUGACUUUGAUAUCAAUUCCAGGAUGCAAUGCACAAAUUUUCCUGGGCCGGGAGUUGAAGAACUAGUUCUCAAUAACCCAAUGAGAGAAUUUAUAAAUAAUGAAGAUGGACACAUUCACAGAUCCUUUGAUGAUUUCAAAACAAAGCAUGAGAAAACAUACAAGGAUAACAAUGAACAAGAAAGCAGAAAGAAUAUCUAUCGUCAAAAUUACAGGUAUAUACAAAGUAUGAACCGUAAAGGAUUAACCUACAGUCUUGAAGUAAAUCACUUAGCUGAUUACACAGACAUGGAACUUCAUCGAAUCCGAGGUCGUUUACCUUCUCAAGGUUACAAUGGUGGCCAACCUUUUCCAAAAGAAAAAUUCCCCACUGAUCUCCCUGAAAACUUGGAUUGGCGUUUGUAUGGAGUUGUAACUCCAGUGAAAGAUCAAGCUGUAUGUGGAUCAUGUUGGAGCUUUGGAACUACUGGAACUAUUGAAGGAACUUAUGCCAUUAAGACAAACAAGCUGGUUCGGUUAUCUCAACAACAGCUAAUCGAUUGCAGUUGGCGGUUCCAAAACAACGGUUGUGAUGGUGGUGAAGAUUUUAGAGCAUAUGCCUACAUCAUGGCCGCUGGUGGGUUGGCUGCCGAAGAGGAUUACGGCCAGUACCUGGGAUCAGAUGGUUUAUGCCAUGACCACGAAGUUGAUAAAGUAGCUCAGAUUUCCGGAUUUGUGAAUGUGACCAGUGGUGACCUGCAGGCACUAAAGCAAGCAAUUGCCAAACAAGGGCCUAUAUCUGUCAGUAUUGAUGCCGCUCAUAAGAGCUUUUCGUUUUAUUCCCAUGGAGUUUUCUACGAACCAGAUUGCAAAAAUGGAGAAGAUCAACUGGACCAUUCGGUUUUAGCAGUUGGUUAUGGAGUAAUGAAUGGCCAUCCUUAUUGGUUAGUGAAAAAUUCUUGGUCUACUUACUGGGGCAAUGAUGGUUAUGUGUUGAUGAGUCAGAAGGAUAACAACUGUGGUGUAGCAACAUCUCCUACUUAUGUUCUCAUGUAAAAAAAUGACUUUGUAAGACAUUUUUAGCACAAUAAAAGAACUCAUUUUGUAC